GACGUCCUGCUGCAGCAGUCGACAGUGCGACAACGGAAAUAAAUUGUGGUCCUGUUGUGGUUGUUAUAUUUCUGAAAUACCGCCGUAAAUCCUACAGAGUUUUGGUCCAGAGUUACAUUUUGAAAAUACACUGUAGAUCAUGUAUCAUAGGAAGUGGUGGAUCCUGAAGUGAUAACUUCGCAAUCAUCUACAGUCCGUCCGGGAGUCAGGCUCAGUGAAUUGUGCGGCCCCACCACCGGGAAGAGCUAACGUUAGUACCCCGAAGUUUCGGUACAAUUCCUAGAUCAGCAGAAUGGAUGGAAAUAUUGAUACCCCAGUUCUCUCAAAGGCCACGUUCUACAGCAAUCUGAAUGGAACAUCAAAAGGUGAAAUAUCUCUCAUACUCUCAAUCAACCCAGCUUCUGCCCUGCUCAGGGCUUCAAUACAGCUCAGCUUGUGUUCACUAGGCAUCACUGAAAGUCUGAUACUGAAGAUUCUCUUGGACUUUGCAGUGUUAACUCUACCCUUGCUACUUGCGGUUAGUCUCCUCAGCGAUGACGCCCUUUAUAUUCUUCUCACCGAAGUCAUCAUCUCCUUUUCUUUGGUCUUCAUGGCGAUGCAUUAUCAAAGCCCCAAGCGUAAAUCGCUGUCUCUGAGCCAGCUGGGACAGACACCAAUGGAAGGAAGGCUCCCUUUCAUCACAAACUUUAGAGUUUUGAAUAAUAUUGGGGUUGCUGUGGGCAUCUUGGCAGUGGACUUUGUCAUGUUUCCUAGAAGGUUUGCCAAGACAGAGACAUAUGGCACUGGUAUCAUGGAUGGAGGGGUUGGUGCGUAUGUAUUGAUGAAUGCUAUUGUGUCACCUGAAGCAAGAGGACAGUAUAGUAGGUCUGGAUCAACUUCUGUGAUGAAAUCUCUUACAUCAUCUAUACCACUCCUCGUCCUUGGCCUUGGUAGGCUGGUAUCUGUUAAAGGGGUAGACUACCAUGAACAUAUCUCUGAGUAUGGCCUCUACUGGAAUUUCUUCUUCACCCUAGCAGCUACAAAGAUUUUAUGCACCCUAAUACUCCUGUUUGCCCCAGUGCGGUGGAGUGCAGUCAUCUCCGUUUCUUUGGCUGUUGGAUAUCAGUACCUGCUGACCCAUCGAGGCCUGGAGGACCUGGUCCUACACGGUACAGACCUGAAUGAUUCCAGGAAUGGGUUCUUCAAUGCUAAUAGAGAAGGUCUGGUUUCCUGUCUGGGGUACGUAGCGAUCUACUUCGCAGGUGUCCGGCUUGGUCAGUACCUGUUAAAGCCCAGGAAAACUGUCAGUGAGUGGCUGAAAGUGUUGGUAUACCUUUUGAUAGCUGAUGUAGUGUUGUGGAUUACCCUGGCUCAAGUAGAAGCACACGUAGGACUAACCAGUCGAAGGCUUGCUAACCUCCCUUACAUCAUCUGGAAUGUUGCAUACUGUAUACAUGUGCUAUGCAGUUUUCUCCUCAUUGACAUUGCCAUGAUCAUCAUUAAACAUCACUAUUUAGCAAAAGAUAAACCAGAGCAGCUUUCUCUACUGGUGUCAGCCAUCAGUCGAAAUCAACUCCUGUAUUUCUUACUAGCCAAUGUCCUGACUGGUCUUGUAAAUAUAUCGAUAGACACAAUACAUCAGCCUGACGUUGCAUCUUUUGGUAUCGUCGCUUUGUAUUUAUUUGUACUUAACUGUGUUCUAGUGUUCUUCCAUCAAAAGAAUAUCAGCACCAAAUUCUGGUAGAUGUUCAGUGAUCAUAAAAAGGUCUAUAUUCAUUUUGUCUCCGAGCAGUUGGUCUGCCACUCAGAUAGUCUAAUACUGCAUGGGCUAAAUCCAUUUGACCUAAUUGCCAUUUGGUCUACACUACACUUGGUCUAAUUCUCAUUUAGUCUAAUGCCCAGAUGGACCAAUUCUCACUUCAUCUGCUAAUAAUUUUUUUUUCAAAUAAAAUUUGAUGAAAAUUAGUUAAUUCAACCAUAUAGCCUAACUGGAACUUAGGCUAAAUGAAAAUUAGACCAAAUGGAUCGUGGAUGAAUUGGUUGUAGAAGUAGAAUUAGAUCAUGUGAGAUGAGACCAGAUGUAAAGUAGACCAAGUGGGUGAUGACCAAGUGGCAAUUCCAUAGAAAUGGGCGAGGAGGAAAUUUUAUAAAAGCAUUUUCACUUGGUCUAAUAUCAUUCGGUCUAAAGGCCACCACAACCUUACAACUGGUCAAUGGUCCGAUUUUUGGAACAAAUUGCAUUUUUCUUAUUUUCUGAAAAUGUGAAUGAAAAGAAUCUUUAUUUUGUGGGUUGAAUUUAAAUUAACUGUUGGAAUACUAAUAUAACAAAUUUGGAUGAUUGCAAGCCUUCAUUUUUUAGUAAAGGCCAAAUUAGUUUCAAAUCAUAGCCAAUCAUACGAUUGCUAUGAUGUCAUUACGAAUACAUAUUGAAUUCGCUUUUAUUCUAAUAACAGUCAGUCCGCAAGCCCCUGUGUUAAUGAGCAAAUGAGCAAGAUUUAUCCAAGUCCUCUCGUGGCUGAAUUCAUGUCCCUGCAAAAUCUCGUGAAUUGUGAGACUUUCUUUCUCAAAGAAUUUAACCACUUUCUCCUUGAGUAAUAUUGUUUAUUUUUGUACCAUGGGCAAGAGUAAAUGUUACCCUUUUAUAUUGGUCAUUUCUUUUGAAUGAAAUAUUUUGAUAAAUAAGUGAAUUUUUUACCUGAAAAGAUGCAUCAAACAGAAUUUUCUUCCUCUGUUUUCACUUGCAAAUUGUGCAACAUUUUGUGUUUUAGGCACCAACAUUAUUUAUAUCAUCAGAAAGCUCAAACUCUAUACUUUCUUACAAUGUCACUCUUGAUAUGUGGCAUCUUUUAGAUGGGUCAGCAGCCAGUUAUUUCCAUCAAGAUGCAAGACGAGAUUUCUGAAAUUUCUGAGUAACAUAAAAUCCAGAGUUCUGAUUGGCUGAAUACUGUUUUCAAAACAAACAGGCGCGGGUAAUUUGAAGAGAUUACCACAUGGUGAGUGUGACCUUGCAGAGGCCCAGUGUGGAGAACAUUGGAAUUUGCGUGGGUGUGUGGUCUAUGACCAAUCAGAGCGCAGUAUUCUUGUUUUUGAGCUGCAAAAUGUACUUGGUCUAUGAAAAGCUGGCUGCUGACCCAUCUAAAAUACAUCUUCUUAUAAAAAUUAUAUCAUAUUAAAGCUUAGAUCUUCAGCUUUAUCAUGAUUUAAAAGUCAUUUGUGCCCAAACAGAAAUUAAGUGUGAAAACAACAACUUUUGUUAAUACCUGCUAACAACCUGAAAAAUGUGGAAACUCACAGUUUAGCCCGAAUAUUCCGACCAUUCAAAAAGUUGUGUGUAAAUUUAUAGAAUGCUUUAUGAAACGGCCAUUAGGUUUGGUGCAAUAAGGUAAUAAGUAUGUCUUUCAUUUUAGAGAUAGGCCUAUAAUAAAGUGCAUUGAAUAUUGUAACUUUAAAAUGUGAUGCUGGUGAAUUCAUCAAGUUGCCACUUCUUAUAAUGCUGCUUUACACAUAUACAUGUCAAUCAUCAGUAGACUGUAUUGUCUACGAAGAAUACCAUUUUCUUUUGUUACCAGUGCCAUUUGCCAAAUUCAAAACAUUCCACUUGGAAUAUCAUGAUUUACUACUUUUGCAAUUAAAUUGGAAAAUUUA